AUGGGCAGCGAAGGCAUCGAUGCCGCAAACGGUCUGACGAAAACGGAGAACCUCGUUGCAUCGGAUCGCAAGCGUCACCACUGUGCUCAGUACGCAGAGGUGCUAGGUAUGGACCUGUAUCGGACCAACACUAGAUCCGACACUAGCGAACCCGAGGGAUUGGGUCGCCAGUUCCUGCGCCGGGCGGAUCCUCUCCUGAUCCCGUGGCUGCUCGAAGCGAACCUUUGGUCCUGGAGGCGACCCGUGGAAGACCUAGCGAAUCUCCCGCUGUUUGACAGCUUCUCGUUACGGCUCGCCCAGAGGCGAUCGUCAUUUCUCCUGCUCGAACUAUUCGCAUCGCUGCCGCGCCGCUCGCCGUUGGACUUUCUGGACGUUGCAGGUCGUGCGCUGCCCUCGGUUUGCUCCGGUUCUCUGACUUGCGUCCGGGCCGAUUCAGCUGUCGACAAUUUCGCCGGCGACUCUCGCUCCCCUCUUCCACCACCUUCUGGUCCCUCCCAGCUGUCGGGCUGA